CUCUGGAAAUACCAAUCAAUGCAAAUCAAAGCUGUUAUUAGGAAGCGCGAUCGUUUAAAAGAUGAGCGCCGAGCGGAUCAUCUUAUUUCCAGGACACAUAUUUUCCCGUGUUGUUUUACGGCUCUCGUUGCGUCCGCAGGUGAGUUGCAUUGCAGCAUUGUGGUGGGUAGAGAUUUGGAAAUGUCUAUCAGGCGGCAUCUAAUCCUAUCAGACUUUGAGAAUAGCUAUCCGAUGUCUUUUGAUUUAUUGUAAUCAAAAGGUGCGCUUACCUGGACCUACCUGAGUGGUACUAUAACGGGAUGUUACAUGAGAAGCGUUUUCUGUUGUAGGCUAGGCCAUAUAUGUAAUUUAAGUAAUUGCACAGAUGUUUUAUGUGCAAGAAUGUGAGGAGAUGGAGUUUUGACCCCGUAAUUAAUUUAAAUCCUUCUGAAAGUCACAAAUUUAUUAAGUCUUAAAAGUAGCUUACAUUUCUCGCUCUCUCUGUUUUUUACUACAAGUAUUUGUUUCAACAUUGUUUAACUAAUUUUUAACACUACAGUUAGAAAAGAAACGUGAGAAUAUUUUCACCCAGCGAGCUAACAGUGAACGUUCUCAGAACUUUGGAUAACGUUCUGGGAAGGUUCUCUCGGAACGUACGUUAACAUUAAAGUUAUUUGCUUUAGUUCUCGCCUGUGGGGGGAAGAUGACUUUCUACGAUGGCAUUUACCCGUUCUACUCGCUACAAAGAAGCCCGUUCAUCGUCGACAUCAGCCUGCUGGUCGUUAUCCUGGUUUUCUUGGUUCUGGCUGUCAGUUUCAUCCUCAUUCUACCAGGAAUACGUGGCAAAUCGAGACUGUUCUGGAUGUUCAGGAUAAUCAUUAGUUUAUUUAUUGGAGUUGUUUUAGUUGCACUGAAUUUUACUGGAGACUGGGCUGAAGCCAGAGUCAAGGCCAACGCCACCUACAAAUCCUUCAGUAACGCAGUGGUGUCCGCUGAGGUGGGACUGCAUGUGGGCCUUUACGGAAUAAACAUCACACUCAAAGGCGAGCCAGUAUCGCAGAUAAACGAGACCAUUAACUACAACGAGAUCUUCAGGUGGUCGAGCAGCGUGGAUGAGCAGUACGGUGACGCGCUCGAGCGUGGUCUUCCCAACCCGAUCCUUUACAUCGCUGAGAAGUUCACACGCACCAGCGCUUGCGGGCUCAUCUACCAGUACAGAUACUCAGGUCGCUUCGCCUCAGCCAAUCUGUGGACGGCUUUUUGCUGCUGGCUGGUGGCCAAUAUCCUCUUCUCAAUGCCUGUCAUCCUCUACGCCGGCUACAUGAUGAUAGCCACGGCUGCUUUCAUCUUCUUCUCCAUGGCUUCCUUCUCAACUAUAUACAACGUGCCCCAAUGUGACUUCAGUAUAGGUGCAGAGUCCUUAAGGACAGACUACAGCCAUUCCUUCUGGAUCGCUUUGGCUACGGGUUUGCUGUGCACUGUGAUUGGUUUGGUGGUGGUGCUACUGGACUGUCUAUUUCCUGGGAGGAUGAGGGAGGCGUUCAGUGUGGGCAUGGACAAUGAGGAUGACGAAUGCCAUACCGGUGAAGGCUAUCUCAACUCAGGCUUUCUAGAGGGAGUGAUCCAUGAUGACAUCAUACAGAUGGGGAAUAGCGCUUUGCCUCAGCAGAUCACUACAUUAACAAGGCUUUGAGGGGCGGUUUGUUGUCGUCCACAACUACUACUUGAAAACUGACUGAAACUUGCUGGGAGCAGCUGUAUAUAAAAUUGUUACUGGUUCUAUUCUAUUGUUCUACUGCAUAUACGCAUGUAUAUAUGUACAUAAUGCAAAAAAUAAAUACAAAUUCUACAAUGUAU